UUGGGAUCAGCUAAACGUGCGAACAUGAAUAUGAUGAGAGUGUGGGGCGGAGGGGUGUAUGAGUCGGACCUGUUCUACGAGUUGGCCGACGAGUACGGGAUUAUGAUUUGGCAGGACUUCAUGUUUGCCUGUUCUCUAUAUCCGGCGACAAAAGAGUUCUUGGAUUCAGUCAGCGAUGAAGUGAUCACUCAAGUCAGGCGUAUUCAACACCACCCAUCCAUCGCCCUUUGGGCCGGUAAUAACGAGAAUGAGCAAGGUCUGGCCGGUUGGUGGAAACCACAUUUGCCACAAUACGACGCCGACUAUCGCGCCCUAUAUAUUGGAACCAUUGGAAAGAUACUGUCAACUGAGGACACAACUCGUCCGUACGCGCCGUCGAGUCCGUCCAAUGGUCUGCAAGACAUCAAAGACAACUACACGUCAAGCAAUCCCGAAGACUCACGUUAUGGCGAUAUUCACUACUAUAACGACGGCUCCCGUCUCUGGGACUGGACUACGUUCUGGAGCCCUAAGUUUGCCUCCGAAUACGGCUUUCAAUCGUAUCCAUCGCUUGAGACACUUCACUCGGCCUUCGAUGACAAAGACCUGGUCUACCCGUUGGCGCCUAAUGUGCAGCACCAUCAGCACCAUCCCGGAGGCGAUCAGACUAUUGAUAAACAGAUUGAACAGGCAAACAUGAAGUCCUGCCAAAUCAUAAUCCCGUACUCGUCGGCCAACUCGUAG